AUGACGGACGAGCCGCAGAAGCCCGAGGCGCAGCUGAGCGUGGACCCGCAGGCCGAGGCAGCGACCGAUGCGCAGGCGCCCGCCUCCGGGUCGUCAGCCGCGUCCUCGACCGGCACGAGCCUCGGCGGCCGCGUGCGCAAGACGACGCAGAAGUUCACGUUCGUGCAGGCCAAGAGCGACGAGCCCGAGGAGUUCACGCCGCCCGCAGGCAAGGGCGUCAAAGUGCGCGACAUGGAGUUCGUCUGCAGCAACGUGGAGGCGCUGGGCAAGAAGCAGCAGGACAUGAUCAAGCAGCUCUACAGCGUCAUGUACGGCCGUCGCUUCCAGCAGAAGAACAUGAAGCUGAUUAAGGAGCACAUCCUCGACUUCUCGGGCAUCAUCGAGCAGGACGAGAAGUUGCGGGAGCAUUUGUUCGCCAAGAUGGGCAAAUGGAAGCGCGUUUUCGUGCAUGAAGUGAUGGAUCUGCUUGCGGUGGAUCGCUCCAAGAAGUCUUUCGAUGAGGCGGGCAAGCCGCACGACAAGGAGGCCCUUCUUGACCGACUGAUCGAUUGGCUGUACAACCCGCAGGAGACGAAGCUCGGCGAGAAGAAGGCCGCCAUUGCCGCUAAGAAGGAAAAACAGAAAGCUAACAAGCGAGCGAAAAAGGCGAAGAAGGCGAGCGAAACUGAGCCUGCCAAGAAGAAGCGGAGAACUACCAAGAAGAAGGCUGCUGUUGCAGACGAGGAAGAGGGCGAGGAGGAUGACCACGAAGCCACCGAGUCCGAAGGCGAAGAGUCCUCCAGCGAUUUCGAAGAGGGCGACAAGAAGCCGACCAAGAAGAGGAAAACCACUCGCCGGGCAAAGAAGUCGCGCGUCGUAGAGAGCGACGACGAGAACAACGACGAAGGCGAGGAGGACAACAACGAUGAUGCUGAGAAGGACGACGAGCAGCCCGCUGCCGAGCCCGAGGAGGAAUCCGCCGUUGCUAAGAAAGAAGAACCCGAGACGGAUCCGCUGGAUGCCGACGUCCGUAGCAAGGUCAGGGACAUUAUCGCUCAUGGCGACACCGAGGAACUGACGGUGAAGAAGAUUGUACGGCAACUGAGCGCGGAUCUGGGUCGCGAUAUGUCCUCGCAGAAGAAGGCUAUCAAGGAGUUCAUCACGAACGACCAAAUGGAGAUCUAG